ACACAAGAUAGAGCUCUUACUAUGACAAUUAGACAUAUUUUCUCACUUUUUUGUUCUAAAUUUCUAUUAACAUUAUCAAGUGUUUUUUAUUUUAGACAAGGAAGUGAACUUAGCUCAACUAGAUGAAAUAGAUAGUGAAAUAGAGAGAUUAUUGUAGAGUUUAAUCUUCCAACAAGGGACUUAUUAGUUAUUAUAAACACUACAAUGUUUUUGGCUUGAACCUCUGAGCUAUAGACCACUAUAUUUGUCUGAUCAUUCUAAUACACUCUUGUUUGAUCUAAUACACUCUAGUUAUGUUACUCAUCAUUAUAAUUAUAUCGUUUGUUUUCUUUUUGCUUGUUACAGGGAAUAGUUAUCACAAGUAGAGCUUACUUGUACACAUAUCAAGCAUAUACAAAUAUGGCUUCCUCUUCUUCUCCCACUACUCCAUAUUUGAAGCACGAAGUGUUCCUCAGUUUUAGAGGCCCAGACACCCGCAAUAGUUUCACCAGUCAUCUUUAUGAUGCUUUGCAGCGAAACCAAAUUGAUGCUUACAUCGAUAACAAACUUGAUGGAGGAGAAAAGAUCGAGCCUGCCCUCUUGGAAAGGAUUGAAGAGUCGUUUAUUUCGCUAGUCAUUUUCUCUGAAAAUUAUGCAGAUUCUACUUUCUGUUUGAGGGAACUCUCCAAGAUUCUUGAGUGCAUGGAGACCAAACAACAGAUGGUGUUACCAGUUUUUUACCGACUUGAUCCAAGCCAUGUUCAAAAUCUGACUGGGAGCUAUGGAGAUGCACUUUGCAAGCAUGAAAGAGAGUGCAGUUCUGAAGAAGUAGAGAGUUGGAGACGUGCUUUGAAAGAAAUAGCUAAUCUCAAGGGCUGGGAUUCAAACGUCAUUAAGGAUGAGACCACGCUAAUUCAGGAAAUCGUUUCCGACAUUCAAAAGAAAUUGAGCCAUGAGCUGUCACUCUCACUCGAUGCAGAAGGCCUUGUUGGAAUGGAAUCACGCGUUGACAUCGAAUCAUUACUAUCCUUUGGAUCAACUGGUGUGCUCAUUGUGGGAAUCUGGGGGAUGGGUGGUAUAGGUAAGUCAAGGACGGCUGAUUUUGUGUAUCAUCGAAACCGUAGUAAAUUUGAAGGCCAUUGCUUUUUCCAAAAUGUGAGGGAAGAAUCAAAGAAGCAUGGAGUGAAUCAUGUAAGACAGGAAAUUCUUGGUGAAGUAUUAGAGAAAAAAGAUAUGACUAUACGCUCAAUAGGGUUACCCCCGGACAUUAAGCGAAUGCUUCAAAGAAAAAAAGUCCUCAUAGUUCUUGAUGAUGUCAAUGAUCCACAAGAUUUAAAAUAUUUACUAGGAGAGGAUGGUUUGUUUGGCCAAGGAAGUAGAAUCAUUGUGACAAGUAGAGAUAGGCAAGUGCUUAUAAAUGCAUGUGAUGAAGACAAAAUUUACGAGGUUAAAAUUUUAGAUGAAGACGAUGCACUUCGACUCUUCAGCUUACAUGCUUUUAAACAAGAUCGUCCCAUAGAAGGAUAUAUUGGGCUAUCAAAAACAGUGGUAAGCUGUGUUAAGGGCAAUCCAUUAGUUCACGAGGUUUUAGGUGCCAGUCUAUACAAUAGGAGUGUUGAAUACUGGGAAAGGAAGGUGGCACAGCUAAGAACUAGUGGUAGCGAGGAAAUUGAGAAAUGUUUGGAAUUGUGUUAUCAGGAUUAUUAAUGAUCCGGGCCGCAUCAAAAAAUUAUGACUAAAUAGUCAUAUUUUCUCACUUUUUUGUUCUAAAUUUUUAUUAACAUUAUGAAGUUUUUUUUAUUUUAGACAAGGAAGUGAACUUAGCUCAACUAGAUGAAAUAGAUAGUGAAAUAGAGGAGAUUGUUGUAGAGUUUAAUGUUACAACAAGGGAGUGAACAACUUUUUUCUCCUAAAAAAUCCCUCAUCCACAUAAUUCCUGUCAUCCUCUAUGGAAUGUGAUCUAGCAAUAACGUGACUAAAAUCCAAAA